UAUCGCUUCCGAAUGUUUUCGAUGAUUUAGUAUUUCUUUGGUACCUUUGGGUACCUUCGCACCAGGAUAUGGCAUGUUUGGCAAAUCUUAAACAGGAUAUAAAACUUUUAGAAAAUUGUUUCCCCAAAGAUCACUAUAGGUUCCAAAUUCUUUCAGCAUCCGUCGACGAACUGUCAUGUUGUUUUGUUGGGCGAAAUGGAGAACGACACGAAAUUCAAGGAAAUAUAACGGAAACGUAUCCUCAGUGUGCACCAAUAUGGUUCAGUGAUUCUGAAGACGUGGGGGUUACGUCCGUCAUAGAGAAGCUUGCUGAGGUCCAGCAAGACCAGUUCAAUAUUCUCCAGCAGAUCAAACUGCUCCUGACAGACCUGUGUGCCCUCCAUGACGUGCCCGUCCCCGACCAGAUGAAAGCCAUCGACGCAUCUCUUACCAGCAGGGGCUACAACAUUCACAAAGUUGAUAACAGCUCUGACGAGGAGGAAGAAGAUGAGUUUCAUUACGACAUGGAGGAAGAAGCACCAAGUGAUCAGAAGGCUAAAGAUGAAGGUGAUGGGAUUGAUGGAGAAAAUCUGGCUGUGCUGGAACGUCUCAAGCAGAAUCAAAGGCAAUCUUAUCUCAAGGGUUCCGUUGCAGGUUCUGUUCAAGCAACAGAUCGGCUGAUGAAGGAACUUCGAGAUAUUUAUAAAUCAGACAGCUAUAAAAGAGAAAUCUACACCGUAGACCUAGUUAAUGACUGUCUUUACGAGUGGAGUGUUCGGUUAAAAAAGGUUGAUUCAGACAGUGCACUACACACAGAUUUACAAACGUACAAAGAAUUAGAAGGAAAAGAUUUUAUUCAGUUAGUUUUUACAUUUAAAGAAAGUUUUCCUUUUGAUCCCCCCUUUGUUCGAGUUGUGUAUCCUGUGAUAUCGGGCGGAUAUGUUCUAGGUGGCGGUGCCAUCUGUAUGGAGCUGCUCACUAAACAAGGGUGGAGCAGUGCCUACAGUUUAGAAUCCGUCAUUUUACAAAUAUCAGCAACAUUGGUGAAGGGAAAGGCCAGGAUCACAUUCGGUGCUUCAAAGAGCCAGUACAGUUUAGCCAGAGCUCAGCAGUCUUUCAAAUCUCUUGUCCAAAUACACGAGAAAAAUGGUUGGUUCACACCGCCAAAAGAAGAUGGAUAGACUGUUUUUUUCCUGUACAUAUUUAUAAAUAAACUUGUAUAUUACUGAAGCAACAUAAGAAGUGCUUUCCUCAUGUGGACAGGUCAUUAUUUUACACCAUUCAUGGCAAUAUUUGAAGACAGCUUACGAUUCCGGAGUCUGGGCAUAGCACAAGAUAACUGCCUUGCUGCCCAACAGUAGAUGCCUGCUUAUGAGACACAAAUAAGCACACAGGAUAGAUACACAAAUCUAAGACUUAUUUUUGUUGGUCAGUCAAAAAGGUCAUCAUUCAAACUGUACUUCCUCUCUAACUCUGAUUAUUUUCCAUCAUUAGUUUGAGAAAUGUGAUCUUUCCUUCAACAUUUUGGGAAGUGUGAUUUUUCAGGCUCCAGGGUUUUUCAAAAAUGAAAGUCUGUAUAAAAAGAAAAUUAUGUUUAACUAGGUCUUGUGAUGAUAUACUAGUUUCAAUACAGAUUUAAAAUGACGAGUGUCAACUUUAAUAAAAAAAAUAUAUCCUACUUUUCUACACCAAAUAGCUGCUGGAUUCAGUCUAAGUAGUUCUAUAACCACAGGUCCUGCUGGCUCAAAUGGAAAUAUGUAUAAUAUUCAGUAUCACUAGUGAAUUAUUAGCCUUUCUUUAUUAACUGAACUACAACUAUUUUUGUUGAUUAGCUAGAGAAGAUAAAUCUAUUGAUACAAGUAACUUAACUUUAGCAAAAUUUUCAUCUUUUUCUGAAAUGGCCAUGAUCUUUUUUCUUUUUUUUUUUCUUUCUUAUAUAUGUGUCCACACAGAAUAUUGAAUUAGCAUAAAAAGCUGUACUUAUUUUAGGUAACAGUAACAUCUAAAACAAAACUUAACUUGUUUACUAAAGAAACAUAUUAUAAUCCUAACUAUUACAAUGCAGUAGUUAACAAAGUACUAUUAAUUAUUUUAAGAUUGCCAUAGAGAUAUUCCAUAAAAUUUUCUCUCAUAUUUAGCUAUUGAUACCACAAUUGGUAUCAUUUAGAAUACCAUACCCAUCAUUAUUUAUAUGUGGCUAACCUACCCUGAACCCUACUACUUCAGAAUUACUUGACGGGCCUUUAUAUACAAACAAUGGUUCAAAUUGACGAAGCCUGUUUUUUUUCUUAAGUGCAGGUGUUUAAGCAUUGUAAAUGCAUGUAGUUACACGCAUGUAAGUUUAAAACAGGUGUUUAAGCAUUGUAAAUGCAUGUAGUUACACGCAUGUAAGUUUAAAACAGGCUUUGUAAAUUCGAUCCAAUAUGUAUAGAUGUAAAGUACAUUAAAGACACUAUACUCAGUUUGCCACCAUUAUAGCACGUUUCCCAUUAAUAGAACCUUUUUAGAACACAUUUUUUGUUUAGAAAAUCGGUGUUUAUAUAAGAUGUUUUUGGUUGUCCUGAUGUUUUAUAGUACAUGUAGCACAAACUGUUUCAGUUACACAAAAUGAUAUAUAUUAAUAAAAUGAAAUUGUAUGUACUACAAACAUCAGGAUGACCAGAAACGCACUUGAUUUACAGACAUUGAUAUACUAUACAAGAAAAUAUAUACAAUUUAUUACCCCAUUAGUCUGGCAUAGCGGGGAAAACAUUCUUGAUAUUCUGCUUUGGAUGAUUUGACACUUGCAAACCAAUGACCUUGUUGGUACUAAAUAUGACGUCAUGAUUUGGCAAACACAAAAUGACAUCACAUGGUUUAAAGAGUUUAUGGAUUUCUUGUUUUAGUGGUAAACUUGUAAUAAAAUGUUUAAUGCAAUUCAUUAUAUAUUAUUUUUUUUUAUAGAAAAUGUAUAGAUGUAAAGUACAUUAAAGACACUAUACUCUAUGUACAAAUUUGGCUUUUGAAAAUUAUCCGUGAACAUGAUUAAAAUGCAUAUUUAUAGCAAUACUCCAAAAAGUGGCUUACAUCGUUUCUAUAUAAAUGUUCAUGCAUUGUUUAUAAAAAAAUAAAGGCUUUUAGAAAAGAAAAAAAAAAGCUGGGGUAAUAAAUAGAAUAGCAAAUUCAAUAUCAGUUAUUAUAUUCUACAUAUAAGUUUAGUCAUUUAAAAAAAAAGGCUCUACUAAUCGAAAACAUUACAAUGGCAGCAAACUCGGGAUAGUCCCCAUAACAUUUCUAUACACUUGACAUCCAGACUGUUGACUAAGACGGCCUGUUGUAUAUUUUGACUAUUUGAGGCAUGGUGAUCGUCUAAAUUCAGAUUGCACAAGAAUUGAGAUGUGUUGCCGAAAAAGGAUGCGGAACAUUUAAAAAACAUUUUCAAAACCAUUGUUGUUGCUGUCUGUGAAACGGGUUGUAGUUCCUUUUGUUUUCAUUGGCUGUACAAGAUUCACGUGGGAUUUGAUUGGCUGUACACAAUUCACGUGGAAUUUGACAUUUGUACAUUUGAUGUAGGUGAAAGCAGUGUGUUGAUAUUAAUCCAUGUGAUUUGUUUGGUGAAGAAAAUCUGUUUUUGUUGGUGCACGUACCAGUUUGUUGUAAAUGACUUCUGCACAAGAGAAGCUCCAGUCCAAGAUGAGAGUUCACUGAAGGAAGUGGGGACAGUUCUCUUGUCAGUGAGACAGUUGAGCAUUGUCUGUAGUUAUGGUGGUUGGAUUGGAACAUAAACAAUGCUUACCUGCCAAACAUAUAUAUAUAUUUUCACAGUGAAUGCUUUUGUGUGUUGUUAUGCAUGUUCUAACUUCAUUAUGAACAAUUGCUAUUUGAUUCUGAGCAAUUACAGCAUGUUUCUUUACAAUUAUGAGUAAGUUGCUGUAUGUUCUUACAGACAAUUGCAGCUUUUUCCUAUAUGAUUGUGAGCAUUUGCCACUUGUUCUAUAUAAUUGCAAUUGUUAUGAGUUCUAAUAACGUAUGAACUGUUUAUGAUAUGAUGGUGAUAAUUGCAUAUCCAUAGCUGACAACCAGAACUGACUAUGUCCAAAGUCAAGGGUAUUAAGAAAAACAAGUUUGAACAUUUAAAACAAAAUCUGAAAGAAUACAAGUUUAUUUAUUUAUUCAAAUUAUGACAUGUAUGUCCUCGCCAAAACAUUACAUUAAAAAAAAUCCAAAUAGUGAACUAGUCUCAUAUUUGCCAAGAGUGAACAUAACCAGUUCUGGUUAUUGGCCUUUGAUAUGUUCCUGUAUGAUAAUAAGCAAUUGGUGCACAUUCCUGUAUAAUUAUGAGCAAUUGCUUCUUGGUUUUCUGAUUAUGAGCAUUUACAGCAUGUUCUGAUACAAUUAUAAGAAAUUUCUGCAUGUUUUUAGAUGAUUUGAGCAAUUACAGUAUGUUUUUAGAUUAUGAGAAAAUUUUGCAUAUUUCUUUAUCAUUAUGAGCAAGUACAGUAUGUUCUUAUAUAACUGAGAAAUUGUUGCAUUUCUGUAUUAUUAUUAUUAUAAUAUUAUGAGCAAUUGCUUAAAUCUGUAUAAACUUAAUCUGUUAUGUCUUAUUAACUUUAUUUAGAUCUGGUAACAAAUCGGUUACUUGGCUUAUAAUGGCAGCAUGAAAUGUUUGUAAUAACUCAAACUUCUUUGGUGACAAAGACAUUAACGUUUUUUAUUAAGCAAUAUAAGUCUGACGUACGUAAACUUAAAAUAGUUAAUAUUUACAAAUAUAUUUUUGUGAUUUGUGACUACCUAGGCCUUUGGGGGGUGGGGGGUGUCUUUUUUUCUACUUUUUUCCCCUUGCAAUUCUAAAAAUAUUUUUACUGUAACAGUUCUUGUUUGUCAUCGUGUAAAAUUGCUAUAACCAUUUCAAAAUAAUGCAAUAUUUAUUCCAUGAUAACAGUUCUUACUUGCAUACUCUUAAAGGGAUAAGUGAGAUGCAAUUCAUUAAAUGCAUAUUUUAUAGUCUUCAUACAUUUUUGUUUUUUGGGUUUUUUUAAUUCAAAUUAAAAAUUGAAUUGUUAGAACAUGAGUGUGGGUUAUUUACGGGUGUGUUGUAUACUCCGCAAAAUACAAUAAACAUGUACAGUUUAUCCUAUAUUUGAGGGUUAGAAUUUUUUUUUUUUUUCUCUCUCUCUAAGUAUUAAAGCAUCAAGUGAAACCAUGUAUAAAUGUGUUGUGGUCCGCCGUUAACUGGUGUAAUACCUUUCACAGUGUACAUUACCAGAUUAUUUUUCUAAUUGAAUUGUGUACGUUUCAUUGUAUAUCGUAACUUGUUUGUGUCAAGGAAAGCAAGACAGUCUUAUCUAGCUUUAAUUUUUAAGUACUAGUUGAACAAAAUCCAAUGCCAACUUAACGUGUAUUCGAAAGUGCAUUCCCGAACAAUGGAGAAUAUUUUCUUGUGGGUGAUUUGAGAACAGGAAUGCAUUGGUGAACGAGUUCUAAACAUCUUCAAGACUUUCGGAACGUGUUCCCUGCACCAGAAUAUAGUUUUAAAUACUUUCAGCUUUCAUCGUCUAGUAACUUUUCUUUUCUUGGGGCGGGACAUAGUCCAGUGGUAAAGUGCUCACUUGAUGAUGCACUGUUGGUUUGGGAUCGAACCCCGUCGGUGGGCCCAGUGGGCCAUUUCUCAUUCCAGCCAGUG